AUGGGAGAUAUUGUGCCGAUCACAAAACCAAAGGAGAUGAGCACAUCGACAAUUCAGUGUCCGAUGUUGAAUUCAACCAACUACACCGUAUGGGGAUUGAAGAUGCGCAUAUUACUCAGAGUUCACAAAGUAUGGGAUAUUGUGGAAACAGAGUCAGACGAUGCAGAAAAAAACGACAUCGCUAUGGCUCUGAUCUUCCAAUCAAUACCCGAAGCAGCUGUUUUACAAAUCGGCGGUCUUGAUACGGCUAAGAAAGUGUGGAACGCCAUUAAAGCAAAGCAUGUCGGAGCAGAAAGAGUCCGAGAAGCCCGACUACAGACUCUAAUGGCUGAGUUUGACAAGUUAACGAUGAAGGACACGGAGACCAUAGACGAUUUCAGUGGAAAGCUAUCCGAAAUAUGUUCAAAAUCGGCAGCAUUGGGAACAAUCAUUGAAGAACCGAAACUUGUUAGAAAGUUUCUUAAAAGUCUACCUCGGAAGAAGUUCAUACAUAUAGUGGCUUCACUCGAGCAAGUAUUAGACCUCAACACCACCAGUUUUGAGGAUAUUACUGGGCGCUUGAAAGCCUACGAAGAAAGAAUCCAAGGAGACGAUGAGGAAUCACAAGAAGAUCAGGGAAAACUGAUGUACACCAAUACAGAGUCACAAGCAAACCGAAACUAUAGUAACGAAUCUAGAGGCAGAGGUCGAGGAGGACGCUUCUAUAACAGAGGAAGAGGUCGUGGCAGAACCAAUGAGGCAAGAGAUUUGUCUAAAGUUACUUGUUAUCGGUGUGACAAGCUGGGACAUUAUGCAUCAAGUUGUCCUGAUAGAUUGCUGAAACUUCAAGAGACUAAGGAAGAUGAAGUCAAUGAUGAUGACACACACGAAGGAGAGAAGUUGAUGAUGCAUGAAGUAGUGUUUCUCAAUGAGAAAAACGUGAGGCCAGACAAAUUUGCGACAACGUCCGAUGAAGAAAACAUAUGGUAUCUUGAUAACGGGGCUAGCAAUCACAUGACAGGUAACCGAAGUUAUUUCUCAAGGAUUGACGAAAGUGUCACGGGAAAGGUGCGCUUUGGAGAUGAUUCUCGCAUUGACAUCAAGGGAAAGGGAUCCAUACUGUUUGUGAGCAAGGAUGGUGAGAAGAAAAUUCUUGCAGAUGUCUAUUUCAUACCGGAUCUCAGAAGUAAUAUAAUCAGUCUAGGGCAGGCUACAGAAUCCGGAUGUGAUGUACGCAUGAAAGGGAACUACUUAACACUUUAUGGGAGUGAUGGAAAGUUACUAGUAAAAGCACAAAGAUCAAGAAACCAGCUCUACAAGGUUCGAAUGGAGGUGGAAAACAGUAAGUGUCUGCAGAUUACAACCUUAAGCGACUCAGCUAAAUGGCAUGCAAGGCUUGGACAUGUUGGUAUAAACACAUUGAAGACAAUGAUCAAAGAUGAUUUAGUCACAGGUAUACCAAGUAUCGCAGUUGAAUAG